UUUACAGCUAAAAGGAAAAGACUAGCUUCACUGCUAAGCCUUAGACAGCCGGUGCUGUGAUCGGAGAACCAUGAAGAAAGGCUCUGUUUCUUCCCACAAUUUUGGUACAUUGCAGAGCCCGGGAGGUCCUAUUUACCGGGAUGAAAGUGUUGGAAGCCAAAAGGGUUGGAGCUCAGAACGGCUACCGUUGCCAAGAAAGAGCAGGAGUAGUCGGAGGCAUUUGAGUGCUGCUUCUUUGAUGCCAUUCAAUGGCGGAAGGACACUGCCUUCAAAGUGGGAGGACGCUGAGAGGUGGAUUUGUAGCCCGGUUUCGGGAAAUGGCAUCGGAAAAAAUUCACAUUCCCAGCCUCCCAACGGCCGGCCCAAGUCCAAGAGUGGUCCGAUUGUGCCUCCGGAGGUUGCGUACUAUUCGCAUUGUUCACCUGCAAUGCAGGGGCUUGAAGGUGGCAGUUCGACGAAUUUCUUGGCGGGUUCUCCUUUAUCAGCUGGAGUGUUGGCUGCUGAUGGUCUCUUUGUUCGUUUUGGUAGUGGUGAUGGAGGAAAAUCUUAUCUUGUGCCUGCUGAGAACAAUUUGGUUCUGCAAUCGGCCAGUUUGCCCGGAUGGUCGGAGAUGUUGAGUGAGCUUUCACUGCCCAGCUCUCAAGAUGAGAAAGUGGAUGGAACUGAAGAAACUAUGGAAUCUCAUGCUGUUUUAAGACGAGAUAUGGCAACCCAAAUGAGCCCUGAGGGUAGCAUCAACUCAUCUCCUAGAGGGAAGUCUUCAUUUUCUGCAACUCCUCCAUCUUUCCCGUCCAUUGUGGAAACACAAGGUGACAACUCUCCUAAAUUAGAAGUCAGGGAUGUGCAGGUUGACAAACGAGCCACUGUUAUUAGGUGGUCUAAAAGACAUAAAACCAAUGUCUCUAAGAAAGGGUUGCCACAUGUUGAAGACUUCAAUAAAGAUGCCAGGGAAGCUCAAGCUUCAUCUUGGGAUAUUGCAGAGGCAGAAAUGAACAUUUCCAAGUUGCAAAGAGAGGAAGCCAAGAUCACUGCAUGGGAAAACUUGCAGAAGGCAAAAGCUGAAGCAGCAAUACGAAAACUUGAGAUGAGAUUAGAAAAGAAGAAGUCGUCAUCAAUGGAUAAGAUCUUAAACAAGCUGAGAAUAGCAGAGAGGAAAGCGCACACAAUGAGAAGUGAGGCGUUAGUCCAUCAAGGCCAUCACGUCCCCAAGACUUCCCGCAAGGUUGUUUCCUUCAGAAAGUACGUGCGGUUGGGUUCCUUCAGUAGUUGCUUUACCACCGAUGCGUUCUAAAUCCUCCUAGACUCCAUUAAAGCACAGAAUUUUUACUGUCUUCUGAACUUUCCUUUGUUGCAUUGUAUAAUGAUACUUCGAUGUCUUUAGUAAUCAAGAAUAUUGUGCAUAAGAAACAUUA